AUGGGUAUGGAUCAUCCUGCAUUUACUUUAUCUGCCUUAUGUGCAAUUGGUGGGUUUAUGGGUUAUACACGUAAAGGCUCCCUUCCAUCAUUAUUGGCCGGGGUCACCUUCUCCGCCCUUUAUGGUGGUGCAGGUUACUUAUUGAAACAAAACGCCGACUACGGUUUAGAAUUGGCUUUAGGUUCUUCCACUUUCUUGUUAGUUGCCGGUUUAGCUAGAGCUAUCCCAACUUCAUUUUCAAAACCAAUUCCUGUCACUUUGGUUAUUUUGGGUGGUGUUUCAACUGCUUAUUAUGCUAAGAAAUACAAUGAAUUCUACCCAAUCUUCUCCUAA